AUGUCGCUCCUCUUCUUCCUCCUCCCCCUCCUCCUCCUCUUCGUCUCCGCCCACUCCUAUUCUUACUACGGGCUAUCCUACAACAUAGACUGCGGCAGCGCCACCAAUUCCACCGACGGCUUCAACACCACGUGGCUCUCCGACCGCUUCUACACCGGCGGCUCCUCCUACUACGUCUCCGAGCCUCUCCAGUUCCGCCACCCCCAGGAGAAGACCCUCCGCUUCUUCCCUCCCUCCUCCGGUAAGAAGAACUGCUACGUCGUCCCUGACUUGCCGUCCGGGAGGUACUACGUCCGCACAUUCACCGUAUACGACAAUUACGACGGGAAAUCGCACCCGCCGUCGUUCGAUGCCUCCGUCGAGGGCACUUUGGUCUUUAGCUGGCGCUCGCCGUGGCCGGAGGACCUCACAAGGACCGGAGCCUACUCCGAUCUCUUCGUUUUCGUCACCGACGGCGAGGCCGAUAUCUGCUUCUACAGCAUCGCCACCGACUCGCCGGUAGUCGGCUCGCUCCAGAUCGUCCAGGUCGAUCCGGCGUCGUACGACGGCGGCUUCGACGGCCGGAAGUAUAUUCUCGUCAAUUACGGACGGUUGAGCUGCGGCUCCGGCCAGUGGGGCCCGGGGUUCAGUAAUGACACUGAUCAGUUCAGCCGGUCGUGGCAAUCCGACGCUCAAUUCCGGACAAUUGACUCCGAAUCGCCGGCAAGAGUCAUUUCCACAACGAAUUCGAUUUCACACGCCGGAGAUGCUCCCAAUUUUUUUCCGAUGAGGCUGUACCAGUCGGCGGUUACGGCCGACGGCAAGAAGAACUUGGAGUACGAUUUAACCGUGGACGCCAAGCUGGAUUACUUGCUGUGGUUCCAUUUCGCCGAGAUUGAUCCGAAGAUGAACAAAGUGGGAGAUAGAGUGUUUGAUAUAUUCAUCAAUGACAAGAAUGUGACUCGGAUUGAUAUUUACAAAGAGGUUGGGAGUUUCAGGGCGUAUACUUGGCAUUAUACUGUUAAGAAUUUGAGCAGUACGCAGUUGAAUGUGCAGCUUAAGGGUGUGGCUGGUACGCCGUUGAUCAGCGGGCUCGAGAACUAUGCUAUGGUUCCGGCGGAUGUCGCCACGCUUCCGGAACAAGUUGUUGCUAUGAGAGCAUUGAAGGAGUCGCUGCGUGUUCCUGAUAGGAUGGGGUGGAAUGGCGAUCCGUGUGCUCCUACUAACUGGGAUGCCUGGGAGGGUGUUACGUGCCAUCUCAAUAAGAAUGAAACUGCUCUUGUGAUAUCUCGAAUUGAUCUUGGAAGCCAAGGCUUGAAAGGGUUUAUCAGUGACCAGAUCAACCUAUUGUCGGACUUGCUCAGUUUGAACCUAAGUUCUAAUUCACUGGAGGGAAAAAUACCAUUAGGACUGGGCCAAAAAUCUCUCCAAAGGCUGGAUCUGUCAGACAAUCAGCUUACGGGUUCUAUACCAGAGAGCUUAACUUCUUCAAAUCUCCAGCUUGUGUUACUGAACGACAACUUAUUGGAUGGCCGAGUUCCAGAGCAGCUAUAUUCAAUUGGAGUGCAUGGCGGUGCAAUUGAUCUCUACGGGAACAAAGGCUUGUGUGGUGUUCCAUCUUUGCCUGACUGUCCUUUGUUUUGGGAAAAUGGAGGCUUAUCUACGAAGGGUAAAAUUGCGAUAGGCAUAUCUUGUGGUGUUAUCCUCUGUUUAAUGUUGUUGGUGGUGUACAUAAUCUAUGUCCGAAGGCGUAGGAAUGAUUAUGACUUCGGCUUUCCUCAUGAUUUGAUACCACUUGGUGCCAAGACAAACAGGUAUCAUAGACAGAAGUCCAUAGCUGUUCUUGAAAUGGAGAGCCAACAUGCCAAGGCCGAUCUACAACCCUUGCAAGGGAAGUGAUCGACAGUGUUAACAAUCAUACCACUUUUGAAGAAGACAUACAAUGACGAGCUUGAUUGUGUUUGUACAAAUUUCUCAAUCAAGAUAAACAACGGCACCUUCUCCUCCUGAACUUGUUGGACUCAUGGUUUAAGCUUUUUUGAACAAUGUGUUCAGGCACGAGGUCCUCUAAAGCUAGUAGUCUGCACGAGACAAUGCUACUGAAAUUUUUUUUACUGACGAAAGAAAUGGAUAAGGCGCUGGCCAUAUCAUACCAAGUUACCAACAGUUUGCAGGCUUUGAUGCAUAUACUGAUGUAAAUUUAUAGUUGAAUGCAUGGACUGCAACAUACCCAGCAUUGUUUCGACGAAUCCUUGUCCAAAUUUUUCCCCCACAUUAUACAGUUUCUCAAUGUUUUUGGGCUUGUU